CAGCCCGGCCCGCGACCCGGGGCCUCCCGCGCCUCCCGCUCCGGCCUCGGAGGUCCGCGCCGCCAACCGCGCCCCGUACUCUCCGGCUCGCUGCUCUCCUCCCCUCGCUCCCCGGCCAGCCGGGCGGGCCCCCGAGACCCCGGUCAGGCCCGGAUCCCAGCUUCCUCGCCAUGUCCUCGGGCCGCGACGCCAGCAGCCGCUUCCCGCUGCACCUCCUGGUCUGGAACAACGACUACCGGGAGCUGGAGAAGGAGCUGCGGGGCCAGAGUGCAGAGGCGCUGGACCCACGGGGCCGGACAUUACUGCACCUUGCGGUUUCUUUGGGGCAUUUGGAAUCUGCUCGAGUCUUGCUGCGGCAUAAAGCAGAUGUGACCAAAGAAAACGGCCAGGGAUGGACAGUUCUGCACGAAGCUGUGAGCACAGGCGAUCCUGAGAUGGUGUACACAGUCCUGCAACAUCGAGACUACCACUACAUGUCCAUGGCCCUUGAAGGUGUGCCUGAGCUGCUACACAGGAUUCUUGAGGCCCCGGAUUUCUAUGUGCAGAUGAAGUGGGAGUUCACCAGCUGGGUGCCCCUGGUUUCCAGAAUAUGCCCAAACGAUGUCUGCCGCAUUUGGAAGAGUGGUGCCAAGCUGCGCGUGGACGUCACCUUGCUGGGGUUUGAAAACAUGAGCUGGAUCAGAGGGAGACGAAGUUUCAUAUUUAAGGGUGGAGACAACUGGGCAGAGCUGAUGGAAGUCAACCACGACGACCGAGUUGUCACCACCGAGCACUUUGACCUUUCCCAAGAAAUGGAGCGCCUCACCCUGGACCUGAUGAAGCCGAAGAGCAGGGAGGUUCAGAGGCGGCUCACCAGCCCCGUCAUCAACACCAACCUUGACACUAAAAAUGUCGCCUUUGAAAGAACUAAAUCCGGAUUCUGGGGCUGGAGGACAGAUAAAGCAGAAGUUGUUAAUGGUUACGAAGCAAAGGUUUACACAGUGAACAAUGUGAGUGUGAUAACCAAAAUUCGCACAGAGCACCUGACUGAGGAGGAAAAGAAGAGAUAUAAAGAGGACCGGAACCCACUGGAGUCCCUGCUGGGAACUGUGGAACAUCAUUUUGGUGCUCAAGGGGACCUCACAACGGAGUGUGCCACCGUAAACAACCCCACGGCCAUCACACCUGAUGAGUACUUUGAUGAAGACUUCGAUCUGAAAGACAGGGACAUUGGAAGGCCAAAAGAGCUGACGAUUAGAACACAGAAGUUUAAAGCGACGCUGUGGAUGUGUGAGGAGUUCCCGCUCUCGCUCGUGCAGCAGGUGAUUCCGAUCAUUGACCUCAUGGCGAGGACCAGCGCUCACUUUGCAAGAUUGAGGGAUUUCAUCAAAUUGGACUUCCCUCCUGGGUUCCCUGUCAAGAUAGAAAUCCCCUUGUUCCAUGUUUUAAACGCACGGAUCACGUUUGGAAAUGUCAACGGUUGUAGCACUGCUGAAGAGAGUCCAAGUGCGGAAGGGACCCAGGCCAAUGCAGCUUCCGAGGUCACACACUUCGAGGUUGAUCAGUCUGUGUUUGAAAUCCCGGAAUCUUACCAUGUUCAGAACAAUGGCAGAAGCGUGCACCUGCAAGAUGAAGACUAUGAAAUAAUGCAGUUUGCCAUCCAGCAGAGCCUGCUGGAGUCCAGCCGCAGCCAGGAACUUUCUGAACCAGCGUCAAAUGGAGGGAUCGGCCAUACACACAGCUAUGAGGCCCAGUAUGAGAGGGCUAUCCAGGAGAGCCUCCUGACCAACUUGGAAGGUCCAUGCCCCGGUGCCCUCAGUGAGCCGAGCUGUUUCGAUACUGACCUGCAGCUGGCCAUGGAGCUGUCUGCCAAAGAGCUGGCGGAACAGGAGCUGAGGCUCCAGGAGGAAGAGGCUGAACUCCAGCAAGUCUUACAGCUGUCACUCACAGAGAAAUAGACAGUGCUGUCCAGCGCUGCACAAAGCAGAGGCUCUGGGCCGCACAGAGUGCUGCGUCGGUGAGACCCGAGGGCAAAGGGCCUGCACUGCCGCAGACGGCAGCUGCUCUUUCCUUAUGUAGAGGUGCAGGACCAGGGACUCCCCAUCUCCACGCUGAGGGGAGGGGAGCAUCGUCACCUUCCAUUAGCUGUCCUGGCUUGCAGGUCACAUUUUUACUACCAGCUUUAGACAGAAACGCCAAGCCCUGCAGGCUAGUAGAUGCAUCAUAGCCACAAGUGAUCGCGAGCAUCACUGCCGUCAGGGUGCUUUUCCACGGGAGAGCUGCAGCCUUGGUAGAGUGGGCAAGAGCUUGAGCCCCUCCUUCCUUUUCACCAAAGAGACGGGGUGUGCUGACCCCCUCAUCUCCCCUUCCUGUGGGGUCCCCACAGUAUUGCCAUUACUCCUCCCGUCCCCACCUUCCUCCAGGCCUUUCGCCCCAGCUAAGAGGAUAUGUACAGGAUCUAUUUUAGAUUAUAGCUAACUAUUUGC